AUGAGCCAGCUGGGGCAGGACGUGGAGUGGUGCUCCUUCGACGAAGUGGACAAGAUCACCAACACGUUGCAGAUGGUUGUCCAUAUCCCCACUUUUUUCCUGGGCCUCCUCCUCAACCUGCUGGCCAUCCGGCGUUUUGGCGCCUUCCUGAAGACAGGGUGGUCGGGCCACAUGGCCACAGCCACCUACAUGAUCAACCUGGCUGUCUUUGACCUGCUGCUGGUGCUGUCACUGCCCUUCAAGAUUGUGCUCUCCUACAAGAAAUGGCCCUUUUCGGAUCUGUGCACGCUGGUGGAGAGUCUCUACUUCGUCAGCAUGUACGGCAGCAUCUUCACCAUCUGCUUCAUCAGCGUUGAUCGCUUCCUGGCCAUCCAGUUCCCGCUCCUGGCCAGGUCCCUGCGCUCUGCCCGGAUGACACUGGGGGUUUGCUGCGGUAUCUGGGUGCUGGUGUGGGUGGGCAGCAUCCCCGUGUACAGCUUCCACAGAGAGAAUGAAGAGUUCCGCUGUUUCCACAAUCUGUCCAACAGCACCUGGACGGCCAGUGUGGUCCUCCCUCUCGAGCUGUUUGGCUUUCUCCUUCCCCUGGGUGUGAUGACCUUCUGCUCCUUCAAGAUCAUCCUUGUCCUGAUCAGCCGCCUGGACCGCAUCCAGAACUGGGCUCAGCAGCGAGCCUGCAUCUGGACCGUGGUGACCAGUCUGGCUAUCUUUGUGGUCUCCUUCCUGCCAGUGCACUUGGGCUUGUUCCUGCAGUUCCUGGUACACAGUGGCGUGAUUGUGGAGUGCAAAGUGAGGCAGAACAUCAGCCUGUUUCUGCAGCUGUCCCAGUGCUUCUCAAACAUCAACUGCUGCCUGGAUGUUUUCUGCUACUAUUUUGUCAUCAGAGAGUUCCGCAUGGGUCUCGUGGCCCACCAGCCUUCCCAGGUCCGGCUGGUCCUCCAGGACACUGCGAUCAGCCCCCAGGCCUGA